UGUUGUAAAAAAAUAUGCUUGCCUACACUUGCUUGCGCGCAUUUUUUUGUGCCAUCAAAAUAUGACGGAUGUUUGUAUAGUUCUUACCCUACCUACGGUGCAUAGACCUGGUAAGUGACUAAACAUCAAAAAAGGAAUCAUAAUUAUUAUCUACCCAUAGGAUAGAUUCAACGAUUAAUAUAGUUUCUUCAAAAUUAAGAUAAGAUAAAAAAAUAUUGAAGUAAUGAACAGCAAAUUCGAUUUGUUCUUACUACGGUUUGCAGUGACACAAGAUAGUAGCUACUAUAGUAGACAAUAACAUGAAAUUCAAUAAUAAAGUAGUUCUUGUGACUGGCGGGAGCUCUGGUAUUGGAGCCAGUAUUGCCAUUCAAUUUUCUACAUUCGGUGCCAGCGUAGCUAUUGUGGGACGAAACCAGGCGAAGCUUAAAGAAGUGGCUCUAAAAUGCAAUAAUCCGUUAGUCAUAGUCGCUGAUGUUACUAAAAAACAAGAUGUGAAGAGAAUUGUUUUGGAGACGGUGGUACAUUUUGGAAAACUUGACAUUUUGGUAAUUAACGUUGGAACUGCGAGCCAAGGAAGUAUUAUGGACGAGAAUGCUUUGGAAAGCUAUGACAGAAUAAUGGCGACGAACCUCCAUGCGGUCGUUCACCUCACACAUGUCGCUGCUCCUCAUAUCAUAGCCACGAAAGGGAAUAUUAUAAACAUCUCAAGUAUCACUGCAAUGAAGGUUCGUUCUAAAGCCAUGUUCGCUUACAGCACGUCCAAGGCUGGCUUGGAUCAUUUUACUAGAUCCGUUGCUUCUGAAUUAGCAUCAACUGGUGUUCGUGUAAACACUGUUAGCCCCGGACCGGUGAAAACCGAUAUUAUUCAAAAUAUGGGCGUCCCUAAAGAUCAACAAGCAACUUUUUUCGAAAACGUCGAGGCAUCUACAGCACUAAAACGUAUUUCUGAAUCUGAAGAAAUUGCUGACUUAGUUUCGUUUUUGGCGAGUGACAGCGCCAGAGGUAUUACUGGGUCAGUGUUUGUUUGUGAUAACGGAGCUUUAAUUCGUGCUGAUUAAAAAUUUAAGAAGGCAAUGGAGAGCUAUUAAAAUUAAAUAAAUAUUUAUGUAUAUAAUAUACAUUUAAGUUAAUUUAAUAAAAUUAAAUUAUGUUUCUUUGUAGAUAGUGACAAAUUUAGUUCGUUGCACCCUCGUACUUAAUAUCUAAAAAAUGUUAUAAUUAUUUCACAAUAUUAUGUAAAUAUUAAUGAUUUAUUAAACAGCAAACUCACUCAUGAAAAACAAGUAACUGAUGA